AUGGCGUCUCCAAAUCCUCCACAACAGCAGCAGCAGCCGCCAUCACAAUCACAACCUCCUUUUGACAUGCACAAAUUCUUCAUGCCCACAUCCGCCCCAUCGCCACCUCCCCAAAACUUCCCCUCCUCUCCUUCUCCUCCUCCUAAUCUCAUGAUUCCUCCGCCCCAACAAAUCCCUUCCUCCUCCUAUCCUGCGUCUACUGGGGCCCACUUCUUCCCUAACUAUCCGAACUUUCCUUUUCCCUUCCCACCCCAACAACAACAGCAACAACAGCAGCAGCAACAGCAACAACAAUUUCAACCUUCUUACCCUCCCCAGCAAAACCCUAACCCUAACAACCCACCACCUCCUGGUAACAUGCUACCCCAACGUUCCCUCUCUUAUCCUACACCCCCUGUCACCCCUAACCAACAACACCAGGACCGUUCUGGUGCCGAAAUCAUGGCCCUCCUCCGCCCCCCUCAAAAUCAAGAACCGCCACCACUGCCACCGAUGCCGCCUGUGCAAGAAUUUUCCAGGGGUCUUAAUAAUAAUGCUUUGGGGCCUAUUAGGAUGCCUAGUAGUACUAGUAGCAAGGUGCCUAAGGGAAGGAGGGUAGUAGGUGAGGAUGUAGUGUAUGAUGUGGAUGUUAGACUUCAAGGAGAGGCACAACCGCAGCUUGAAGUUACGCCAAUAACAAAGUACUUUUCGGAUCCUCAGUUGUGUUUAGGAAGGCAAAUUGCUGUCAAUAAGAGUUAUAUUUGUUAUGGGUUGAAGCAAGGGACUAUUAGGAUUCUUAAUAUUAAUACCGCGCUGAGGUCUUUGCUUCGGACUCAGUCUCAGUAUGAGUUAUGCUUUCGCGAGUUUGGAAUGCAUGUAGAUGCUGUGGGGUUUACGGUGAUUGAAUUUUUCGGUGUGUUGUUGUCUGUUAUUGCUUUUUUACCAAUUUUGAUAAUGCAUGUGGGUUUUUUCUGUGGUGUUGUGGAAAUGACUAUAAGUUAUGCUUUUGUGAGAUUGGAAUGCAAUGUAGAUGCUGUGGGGUUUUUGUUCAUUGAAUUUUUCGGUGUGUUGUUAACUGUUAUUGUUGUUAUUGCUAGGGUCACUGACAUGGCUUUCUUUGCUGAGGAUGUUCAUCUUUUGGCUAGUGCUGGCAUAGAUGGACGGGUUAAUGUGUGGAAGCUCUCUGAAGGUCCGGAUGAGGAAGAUAAGCCACAGAUUACAGGAAAGACUAUUAUUUCUGUCCAAAUAGUUGGGGAGGGGGAAAUUAAAAACCCAAGGGUUUGUUGGCAUUGCUAUAAACAGGAAAUUUUGGUAGUUGGAGUUGGUAAAAGAGUUCUGAGAAUUGAUACUAACAAAGUAGGAAGGGGUGAAGUCCAUUCCUCUGAGGCACCUCUUCAAUGUCCUGUUGACAAGCUGAUUGAUGGGGUCCAAUUUGUUGGUAAACAUGAUGGAGAAGUCACUGAUUUGUCAAUGUGCCAAUGGAUGACCACCCGUUCGGUUUCUGCUUCUAUGGAUGGCACGAUAAAGAUUUGGGAGGAUCACAAGGCAUCACCACUUGUGGUUUUGAGACCGCACGAUGGGCAACCUGUUUAUUCAGCCACAUUCUUGACUGCUACUGACCGGCCAGAUCACAUCAUACUUGUCACAGCAGUACUUACUAAGAUCUUUAAUUUCAUUUGUCGUAGUCUUGCAGUCACACUAUGGUAG